AAUGACAUAGUGACACACGGAGCCGAGUCUUUUCCCUUAUCAAUGCGGAAAAAGCAGCGGCGAUAAGGUGAUAAGGUGGCUAACAGGAAUUAAGGAAGGAUACAUGACUACCGCUGAUAAUACGGGUUUUCACAACGUCCGUCAAAGGAGACCAUUGGCAGCCAUAUCAUCGCAUGCAUGUCUAUACGUAAAGCGAUGUGUUCUGGUGGUGAUAAUGUUGGUGUCGACGAUAACGAUGACCGCCGGAGGGUUGCUUAUGCUGACGGAAGGUUAUACGGAAAAAGCCCUUGUCUUUUUGGUAUGCGGAGGCACCACCAGUAUCUUCACUUGCGCCGGCGUGAUGGUCAGCGUCCUUUUCUCGAGGAUGGCCCCUUCCUCCAGCGAUACAGAGGCGCCCCCUCUCCCUUAUUCUGACCCUCCGCCGGAGUACCGUUUCACGUGGAGGGAGGAAUACUUGAAGAAAUCCCCGGAGAGCUUGAGGACCGAGCUGGAGGAGGCCGCAGCAGAAGAGCGGGAGAUCGAAGAGGAGCGGAAGUUGGACGCCGCGGCCAAGAAUAAGAGGAAGAGGAAGGACAUCAGGAAGUUCAUGUGGGCCCAUGGCGGGGAGGUCAGCGCGGUGCACUCGGGGCGGGGGAAUUCCGUCGGAGAUCAGGCUGGCACGAGUUCAGGGGACAGACCUCGAAGGGUGAGAGCCAUCACGGUCGCCACGGCAGGGAGUUACGGUGCCACGAGGCCGGAGGGGAGGGCGGCACCCUCCAGAAGCACGAUAUCUGUUGUGCCCUUGGCGGGGGAGGUAAACGAAGUUUUGGCGAUGGAUGAUGAAGGGCUGCCGACCUACGAAGAGGCGCAGAAGUGGUGAAAAGGGAGAAGUGAGAGAGAGAAAAAGAAUGAAUGAGAGAGAGACGUAGAGAGAGAGGGAGAGAGAGAGAGAAAGCAGUGAUGUAAAUAAACAACUAGACUGAUAUAUCUGCAUUAUAAUAAUGUCCCGAUAUAUCUCUAUUUAUUCACGUAUGUACAAAGCGAAACCUUGUCAUAUUUUUUUAUGAUCUGUGAUCAAUAUAUCUUAUAGAUAUGUAAUAUAUUUUCUUAUGUAUUUUAUUGGAUGAUAACAGUAAAAACAAAAAACAAAAAAAUAC